AUGGUGAGGCUGGACGUGGCUGGAUGGGGCAGAACUAUCUAUAUCUAUUCUGGAUAUCCUGUUUCGUCCUUCAGCAUUUGCCAGCCUUGUGAUAAUAGCCCUGAGCCUGAGGUGAAGGAUGCAAAGACAAAAGAUUGCAGCAGAUGGAGGAUUGGAGACCUAAAUAUGAAAACUGGAUUGAAAUAUGCUCAGCCAAGCACACAAAAAGGACGCACUGAUGUGAACUCAGUGACAAAUUGGAACGCUCCUCUGGUUUGGGAGGGAACCUUUGAUCCAGUCGUUAUCGAUGACAUCUAUAAGAGAAUGGACCCAAGAGUCGCUGUGGUGGUGUUUGCUGUUGGCAAAUACACUCGUUUCCUAAAGGGCUUCCUAGAGUCGAGUGAAAAGUAUUUUCUUGUUGACUUCAGGGUCACUUACUACAUCUUCACAGACAAUGAAAAAGACGUUCCUAAAAUUAGACUGGGUGAAGGCCGGAAGAUCUCAAUUGUCACUGUCCCUAGUGCUAUGCGCUGGCAGGAUGUAGUACUUGGUAGGAUGAAAUGGGCAACCAUCACGAUUGACAAACAGAUCCGUAAUGAAGCAGAUUAUCUUUUUAUGAUGGACAUCGACAGUGUCUUUCACAACCACUUUGGAGCAGAGUCUCUCAGCCAGCUAUCUGCUGUGCUUCACCGCGGCUACUACAAGAACACAAACAGGGAUAAUUUUCCGUAUGAGCGUCGGCCAAAGUCCAAGGCAUACAUUCCUACUGGUGAAGGAGACUACUAUUACACAGCUGCUGUCUGGGGUGGAUAUCUGGAGGAAAUGUACAAGCUAGUCAGGUACUGUUACGAACAGUCGGAAGAGGAUGCCAAGAAUAAGAUCGAAGCUGUAUGGCAGGAAGAAAGUCACCUCAACAAGUACCUGUUGAACAACAAACCAACCAAGGUGCUGUCUCCAGAGUACCUGUGGUCAGACUACGAUCAGAUACCUGCAGACAUCAAAGUGGUCAGGGUCUCCCAGCUGGUUAAGAACUAUGCAGAGGUGCGGCCCAAUGGUGGACACUGAUGUCGAGUCAAUUUAAUAUUUAUGAUGUAGAACCUUCUGAAGAAAAAAUAAUAAUAGGCUAAUAAUAAUAAUAAUGGGGAUAGCUAGGUUGUUCUGUAUUUUGUAGCAUACUCUCGAAGGUAUAAAUGAAGAAUUAAAAAAUAUGGAUUUUAAUCUUGCUCCCUACAUAUUUAUUAUAAAAUUUAUGGCCAGCAUAAAGACUUUGUCACAUGGCAAUAUAAAAGUCAUUGAUUCUGUUUGGCUCUGUUGGGUCAACAGUUUAUCCAAGCUAAAUUGAACUACAAGUGUCCAUUGUAACAAUGCGUAUGAU